UUUAUCUGUUAGAUUUGAGGUUAGAUAAUAAAGCUGUCAUUUAAUUUGUCAUUUUUAUUUGGUUUUAAAAUGAAUUUACCAGAAAUAAAGCCGUAUGAGGAGCAAGCAAUAGAUACUGUAGUUUCUGUUAUCAACAGAGCGAAAGAGAAGUUAGGGAUUCGUCUUACUUUGAGAGAAUUAGCACACAGCAGGGAUAUCCUUACAACCAAGCCGAAGGUCUCCCUGACAACCCUCAGGACUCCUUUGCCUAUCACCAGCGAGGAAUUCAUCUCAGAUACGAUAGAGAAGAAAUGGAGUCUGACUAAAACGUUUUCUUAUAUAGUGAAGUACAUGGGGGCUUCGCAGGACGAGUGCUCGCAGUAUUAUUAUUUCGAGGCGGUGUUUAGUCAACCGACAGCGGCCUAUCCCAUACCUCAAGCGACUGCAUCCGUGUUCUUCAGGGUGCAGAACAAGCACACUGAGCCGCCAGAGAUGCGCGGCGUGCCUCUGAUGACAUUUCGCAUCGAAGGCCAGCACACUGAUCACGACGUGCGUUACAUCAGACUCACGGCCGACUGGAUCCUGGCCGUCAUCAAGAUGAAGACUAAACUCUUCGACAGGAUAGAGAAGAUCAGGUUGUUUUAGAUGCAAAAGGAGUGGUGAUAUCUUUGUAUUCUACUGAUGAUGAAGAACAGGGGGAAUUAGAAAUAUAGGUAUAUUUUUUUGGCAUAAUAUGUUAAUAAAAACCUACACACGAAAAUUACUC